AAGUUCCACGUCAACACCCACCACCAUCUUCCCUUGCAGAUUACCCACUCCUUUACUUCUUCCUUGUUCAUCUGCAAUGUCUGAAAAGGUCAAGGAACUCAUGGAAAUUCCCCAAGAAUUCCUGCGGGACGGCAAUCAAUUCUUGGUGCGGUGCACAAAACCGUCUCAGAAAGAAUUCGUCCAAAUCUGCAAAGCCGUUGCAAUUGGAUUCGCUGUCAUGGGUUUCAUUGGAUACUUCGUGAAGCUUAUUCACAUUCCGAUUAAUAACAUCUUAGUUGGAGGAGCAUAGACUUGCUUGUCUACUACUCUGGGGAGGUCUCUGUACCACAACUCCAAAUUCUACCUAAGUAUUCUCCACAUCUUUGACAACGUGGUCAGACGCUCAGGGCACUGUUGGUGCAUCAGUUGUGUGGCUAGUCCAUCUCGCACAUGUUAUUGCUUCUAUUUGCGCAGAUUCAUCAUUCACAAAACGAUAACGAAGGUUGUGUACAGCCUACUCUGUCCAUCAGAACCACUAUGCACCGAUAGCGUAUUCACAAAAUGUCCUUUGCAAUCAAA